ACAAACGGUGACCCGCAGCGCCGCGCACGCACAUCGGCACACUCAUCGACAACAACAACAACAACAGAAUACAGUCAACAAUAACGCAACCACAGUAACAUAUAAGCUCUGCUGAUCGUUGUUAGUCCGACAGUUUGCCACAAACCUUCUCUUCGUCAACGCACUAUCGUUGCCUAGAAUAAAAAUAAAAGUAAAAACCAAAACCAAAACCCAAAAUCAACAAGAUGGCAAUCACAAAAAUUACCAUGAUUAAAUUUUUGGAACUCGCUCUUACCAUCAUCAUUUUCGUUUUGCAUUACAACAGUUUUCCGGGCGGUGAUGCCACAUCAGUUAUGAUCACUACUGGUACGUAUGUCGGUUAUGUGAUUAUUUUGGCUGGAAUUUUCAUUGGACUUUUCACUGGAACGCCGAUAAGCGCUCGACUGGACAUGUUCUACGUGUUGAUUGGUGCUGCUCUCUUUAUUGCAUCUGGAGUUAUGUCGUACAACUACUACAAUGGAUAUGCAUUGAAGUCAUCCUAUGUCAAUACUGGUUUAACCAAAGCUUGGCUGUCCAUCCUCAACGGAGUUGUAUUUGUCGUCGAUGCUGCAUUCACAUACCGUGGCGAAUAAGUUAUAUUUAUAAGGAAAUGUAAUAUUAUCAUUAAAUUAAAUUUUAAACGUACAAUAUUUAUUUUAUUCAACGAAUAUUAUAGGUAAAUCAUUUUUUUUUGUAUAGAAGUGUAAAUGUAAUAAUAUGUUGCUUCUUAUUGAAUUUAAACUAAAAAUGUAUAAUUUAUUUUUCUAUGUAUUACCUACAAUCAUUUUUUUUUAUCUAUAUAUAUAAGAGCACUCCAUAAUAUUUAAUUCAACUUAUAACUAUUUGUUUACUCAUUUAAAUUGCUUUAAUCAUUUUUCAGAGUAAAAAUAAUGGUGUACUUUAUCAGUUUCUUUAUUAUAUUAAUUGAGUGUGUAAGUUCAUACUUUAUAAUAAAAUAAUUCAGUGGUUUCAUAACAACAUAACAACUGUAAAUAAUUUAAAAUGUGAUUUAGUAAUCACUUAUUAUUUAUUGUGUGUAUAAUGUAUUCCACAAGAAUGUUUAAUCUUUUUAUUUUUAAGAUAAAGUUAAAUAUUUACUGUUAAGUUAUUUAUCACAUUGUAAUUUAAGUUUUCAAUAAUUAAUAUUAUUAUUAGGUAUUAUUUUUUUAUUUUUUAUCAUACAAUUUCUAUUGAUAUGUAGAUUUAAUUAAAAUAUAUUUAAAAAUAAUUGCAAUAUUUUACUGAUUAAAAUGUUUUGAUUUUGGUUGCAAAUUU